AUGUCGUCCGUCAAGCCGAUCAAGCUCUAUGGCCAUGCUGCUGGUCCAAAUCCGACGAAGGUUGUUAUCGUCCUCGAAGAGCUGAACAUUCCCGUCAACCCAAACGGUCGUGUGCCAGCGAUCGAGGACCCAAACACUGGUAUCACUCUUUGGGAAUCCGGUGCCAUCGUUGAAUACUUGGUCGAGACCUACGACAAAGAUCAUGCCAUCUCGUAUGGCAGUCCUCCAGAGAAGUGGUCGCAAAAGCAAUGGACGCAUUUCCAGAUGAGCGGCCAAGGUCCAUACUUCGGGCAGUUGGUCUGGUUCAAAUUCUACCAGUCCGAGAAGAAUCUCACGAGCGUGAUCGAUCGCUACAAGACUGAGCUCAGGCGUGUCAUCAGCGUGCUUGACUUGCACCUCUCCAAGACAGGAAAGCCAUAUCUGGUGGGCGACAAGGUGACCUUCGCAGACCUGAUGUUCAUUCCUUGGAACUUGGGCGCGGAGCGGUUCAUGGAUGAUUCAUUCCCAGAAGAAUGGCAGAAGAAAUAUCCAAAGGCAUGGGACUGGCACCAGCGACUGACAUCCCGUGCGAGCGUCAAGAAGGCUCUUGAGAUCCAAGCCAAGGCCAAGGCAGAGGGCAAGUAG